AACAAGUAGAAGAUGGGGACUGGAAGAGCCCUAAUUUUGUGUUGCUCUGAUUCCUCGUCCAUUUCGUCAUCUUCUUCUCCCUCUCCGGCGAUUGCAACGACUAGUGCUCCACUGGUGAAAAGGAGGAGUAAGAGGUACAGGAGGCUGUACCCAGGAGAGAGCAAAGGCAUUACCGAAGAGAUGAGGUUCGUUGCCAUGAGACUCCGACGAGUUAACAAGGGCAGCAGCGAUGACGAUGACCAAGAUUCAUCUAGUGAAGACGGUAAAGAAGGGGAGGGUAAUUUGGCAUCAGUUGAUGAUGAUGGUGGUGUUGGUGGAGCGACAUGGGAGCCGACCUUGGAUGGGUACCUCAAGUAUUUAGUUGAUAGCAAGCUCGUCUUCGACACUAUGGAGCGCAUCGUUGAUGAAUCCAGUGAUGUUGCCUACGCCUAUUUCCGGAAAACUGGAUUGGAACGAUCAGAAGGUCUUGCAAAAGAUCUAGAGUGGAUUAGACAACAGGGGUUUGUGAUUCUUGAACCUAGCAAUCCGAGAGUUUCUCAGGCCAAGUAUUUAAAUGAACUUGCAGUGAAGAGUGCCCCGUUGUUUCUUUGCCAUUUCUACAAUAUAUAUUUUUCACAUAUUGCAGGAGGUCAGGUGAUAGCAAGGCAGGAUCCUGAGGAGCUUUGUGGGAAGAACAUCCAAACCCAAGACUCGGUGGACAUCUUAUGCGGUCUUCGUGUGUUGCCAAUAGGGGGCACAAUCACUGAUGUGCAAAAAACUGGUGACUUUGCGAUAUCUGGAUUUGAAUUGUCCCGGGAAGUUUCCUUUUUAGUAACCAUGGGCAGUGCUGCUAUUAUACAAGUAGCGAAAGGUGCAUUGGUAUAA